UCCAAAGUCUCCGGUCUGUACGCCCAAAGCCGCGUGUUCUUGCUAGCUUUGUACUUAUGCUAACUGAACAUUAAAUUAACUGGAGCUAAGCUUGACGAGAAGGUCGGUCGAUGGCGGCGCCGGAGAAGGUGUUCGUGGCGCUGCCGGCGGAGGCGAAGUCCGGCAGGUCGACGCUGUCGUGGGCUCUCGGCCAUUUCCGGGCCACGGCCAUCGUCGUCACGCAUGUUCAUGUGCCGCCGCAGAUGAUCCCCGUCAUGGGAGUCAAGUUCCAUGCCAGUAAACUGAAUCCGGAGCAAGUGAGCUUGUUCAGAAUGGCUGAGCGUGACAAGGUGGACAAGCAAUUAGAUCACUACGUCAAUCAAUGCCUGAGGAUGAAGAUGAAAUGUGAGAAGCUAGUCAUUGAGAACGAAAAUGUUGUAGACGGUCUUGUUGAACUAAUCAACUUGCAUGGAGUGACCAAGCUAGUAAUUUCAGCUGCCCCAGACAGGAAUUACUCAAGAAAAAUGGACAAACCUGCAUCCAGGACAGCAACAGAAAUUAUGCAGAGAGCUGACCCAUCAUGCAAGAUUUGGUUUGUCUGCAAAGAACGGUUAAUCUGUACAAGUGGCGUGGAAGUAGAAAUUGCACCUGGACAUACGCCUUUCAUUCCUGAUACUGGUCACGAUGCUCUGCAGUUGACACUUCACCAGGAACAGGAUGACAACAAUGAAUCGGAACUGGGUUUUUACGAUGAGAUCAAAGAAGCAUGCAAAGCAGCUGACAACUUAAUGAUGAGAGCUUUAAGAGAAUCUUACAGACGGCAGAAAGCAGACGAAGAAGUAGUUUCAUCUCUUCAGAAAGCCAAAGAAUACGAGGAGCUGUACUUGGAGGAGGUUAAAAAGAGGAAAGAACUGGAAGAAGCACUUCUGAGAGCAAGCGAAGAAAUUGCACAGUUAAAACAAGAAAGAGAUCUACCCAAGAAUGAUCAGAACACAACCAUGGAGGAACAGAAAGAAGUGAUUUCAGACAAUUUGAUCUUAGAGGCCUCCGGGCAAAUAAUUAAGCCGCUGCAAGAGUAUCUUGAUCAUGAUGAGAACUGUGUCAGAGAACCGGAGACGUUGCUCAUACAAAGGAAGCUAGCUGCAUCAUUUUCUCCAUCAUCAGUGAUGCAGUCGCCUUUCGAUGAAGACUGCUGCAUCCCUUCAUACUUCAUCUGCCCAAUCCUUCAGGAGGUUAUGAGGGAGCCUUGCAUUGCAUCAGACGGAUUCACCUACGAAACCGAUGCGAUCAGAUCCUGGCUUGAUGGAGGACGGAGGGUAUCUCCCAUUACAGGACAGCCGAUUGUGCACCAGCAGCUAAUUCCAAACCUUUCUCUCCGUUCUGUCAUCCAAGAUCAUGCAAGGAGGAAUCAGUAUUCAUUUUCCUGAUGUAACCUUUAAUUACGAACUGUAUUGGUGGCAUAUAUAUAUAUAUAUAUGUGCCAUUAUUUCCUGUAAAUUUCUUAGCUAUCACUAUGACAGUAUAGCCAGUUCGGAAACUGCACAACUCACAGAAUGCAGAAAGAAAAUGCUUUGAUUUUGUCUAA